AUGGCUGACGUCGACGACUAUCCGUCGCUGUACUGGAUAGCGAUCCCUUCUCUUCUGCUUUUGUCAGGUUGGUAUGCACGCAAAUGGUAUUUGGCUCGCCGUCUGAAGGUCCAUGGAAUUGGGAAAGGAGCUCCUGGCUUUCAAACCAGCGUGAGGAAAGUUCGCGUUCCGCCUGAAAUCAUGGAACGCAUUCGGCGCGGCGAAGAUGUCAGUGCGGAAGAAGUCACUGCUGCCAUGGCGCGGAUGGAAGCCGAGGAGAAGGGAAACCCACCACCCUCUACUUCUUCUAAACCUCAAAAAUCCGAGACCAAGAUAAAGCCAAAGCCACCACCUGCAGAACCAGCGAAUGAAUGGUUACCCGAGGGUAUUACAGCACCGCAAAAGCGAGCCAAAGGAAAGAAGAAAUGA